GCGGCAUGUAAAUAAUGUCCUUUACACAGGUGUUAAUUAGGAAUAUGUCAACAAGUGAGAAUGCUACCUGCAGUCCUUCGCACGGGAAAAGAGCUUGAGUUACGACGUGCAAUGGAAUCAUAUAAUUAACACUACUUUAAGAUGAAGAAAAGAAGUGUUAUUUGUCAGAUGUACCGGCAUUAAUAAUUUCUGCACAGAAUCUGAUCAAAUAAAUAAUGAUUACCAUCAUUUUUACCUUUUGAUUGAAACUUAUCUAAAAAUAUGCUGCCAUAGAAACUUUCCUUUUUCCAAUUUCAAAGCAGUGAGAGAAAAGAUAUAUGUGUCUAAGGUUUCAGAAUAAUGAAAGAUAAAAGAUAUUUAUUUACAUGCUGCUGGAUUAGAGAAUAAAACAGAAUAGGCAGAUAUUGAAGUUAAAUGGUGCCAACGUCAUAAUUUAAUGAAAUAUUUCACCGACAUAAUAAUUGUUGUACACGCACUGAGUCAAGACUCUAUGAGAUAGUCAGCAGAUACUGAUUGCAUAUUAUACUCAUAUAUAUUGGAAGUGAAAGGAAAAAAAAACACAACAAUACAUGAGUGCUGUAUAGGGAAUAAAUAUGAGAUUUUUCAAAUACCAAUAAUUUAGAUCCAUUGGUUUACCUCUGGCUGAUUAAUUGGAUUGACAUGUUUCAAAGUUAUGAGAGUUUUACAUCAUAGAUCUUAUGUGAAAUAGAUCAUAAACUGCAGAUACUUGGUAAUUGAAUAGUUCAUACUGCUUUGUGGAUGAUUGGUAAUGCUUGCUACAACAGACCCAAGCCCUGUUGAACAAUGAUUAUUCUCAAAGAUCUUGGAACUGGAAAUUGAAUACCGGUAAAUCAAAAGAGAAAAAAACGCUUCAAAAAUGAUUUUUACUUCAUGAUGAGUGUAAAUGUGGGGCUCGUGUCUGUUUUAUUCCCCUAAAAGAAGAUGAAAUUUCAUAAUGUGCAUGGAUCGGCUAUCAGUUUUUCGGAGGGAAAGAUAACAGCAUUGCGGUCAGACAAUGACUUCUGCAACGGCAUCGUAUUUAGUGAUCAUGCCAUUCGAGCAGGCCACAAGUUCUGUGUUGAAUUGGCUUGCACUCAAGCCUGGAGUGGUGGGUUAAGAAUCGGCUUUACUCUGAAUGAUCCAGGAAGGCUCACAUCAGCUGACUUGCCAAAGUAUUCUGUUCCGCACCUCGCAAAGCGAGAUUAUUACUGGAUUCGACCAAUCAGCGAAAGUCUCACGGGCGAUGGAUAUCAUCUUAUGUUUUAUAUUGGAAUGGAUGGAAGUGUGCAGUUUUUUGUGAACAAUGAACACAAAGGUGUAUUACUUGUUGGUCUUCCUGCAGACAGAGCAUUCUGGGUAAUGUUCGACAUAUACGGAAACACCAAAGGCAUAAAGCUAAUAAAACCAGAUGACACACCAAAGGAGAUCAUGGCCCAGGGCCCGGAAGCGAUCAAAGCGUACGACACGGCGUGUACAUCAGGGAUGCGGCCCGUGUACAGUACACGCCUAAUGUUGGUAGGACAGGAUGGAGCUGGGAAAACGUCACUAAAAAAAGCUCUGCUUGGGCAGGAACCCAGUAAAUCUGAGGAAGGGACCAGUGGAAUUGACCUUUCCACCUCAUGUAGAUUCUGUGUUGGAGGUCAAGGACCUUGGACACCACUGACCGGAAGUCAACUGACCUCUGAGGAGGACGGGCAGACAAGUGUCCAAUAUGACACAGAUGCCUUAGAAGAAGAAUAUAACCAAGCUCUUGCCACUAACAUUGUACAGGAAUUAAUGCUCCAGAAGCGCCGUAAAACCUCCUUCUCCCAGAAACCUAAGCCCCCUUCCCGGGAAUCCAUAAAAACAACCAACAGCACACCCUCUUCUGCGGCUAGCUCAGGGGCAAGAAAGUUGUCCGGUAAACCAGCCUCUGCUUCAAAUGUUGCCAAAUUCUCAGAAAUUCCUCAAGAACUGUUCAAGGAAGUACCAGAAAAAGUGGUUGAAUUGGUGCAAAAAAUGUUAGAUGCCCCUCCCCCAAAUUUGAAAUCUCAGGACUCAACUGUUUCCAUGGCAACGAGACUGCCGGAAGGAACGCCCAUGGUGCUAAAUGUGUGGGAUUUUGGGGGAAAGGAGAUGUAUUACACAACCCACCAAGUUUUUUUGUCGAGUAGAGCUGUGUAUGUGUUCGUGUUUAAUUUGAAUGUGGAUUUGGACGAACCAGUAUCAAACAUGUCCGAACAGGGAGAGCCCUUGUCCACACUCGAGUACCUGGAUUUCUGGUUGAGGUCGGUGUUCGUGCACGCGUCUGUCAGUAACAACAAGGUGGGGGAUAGGACCACAUUUUCCCCGCCUGUGUUUAUUGUUGGUACACAUAAGGACUGUCUGAAUGCUGAGCCUGAUCAAAUUGAAAAUGUUAUAUCUGAGAAGUUCAGCCAGAUCGAGGACUUUGUUGUUGGCAAACCGUAUGUUCAACAUCUUGUAACACCAUUCUACGCCGUAGACAACUCACUACAAGAUAGCAAGUUACCAGAGCUUCAAAGAAGAAUAGAAGAGGUAUCGAGCCAGGAGCCUUAUAUCGGAGAGCGGAUGCCCAUACGGUGGAUACGGUUUCACCAGGAUAUCUCGAAUCUCGUAAAACAGGGCUCACACUUUGCAACUUAUGAUCAGGUUACAGAAAUUGCCGGCAAUCUUGGGAUCAUAGACUAUCAAGAGAUUAUGACAAUGCUGGAGUUCUACCACAACCUAGGAGUGAUUAUUUAUUACGGGAGUGGAAAAUCGGCCAUGGACAAUCUUCUGCGUAACACAGUCAUUCUGAGUCCCCAGUGGCUGGUGAACAUGUUUAAACACGUUGUGUCUGUUGACUGGAGACCUCCUGAUAAGUGGAAUCUUAUCAGAGACAAGUGGACACGCCUCCAAGAGUUUGGCAUUCUUGAGGAGGCCCUUCUAGACACCCUGUGGCAUGACGCACGGGAACAGAAACCCCUCCUUCUGGGCCUCUUAGAGAAAUUUGACCUAGCCUGUCUACGUCUUCCGAGUGUUGCUGAGUCUCAGGCCAUGGACCAAGUUAACACUAAAUCCUACUACGUGCCUGCUCGCUUGUCAGCAUAUUGUGGUGCCAAUCUUCCAUACAGUGCAGGAGAAAAUGAUGUCACAUUUUACAUUGACUUCAACGGCUUUCUUCCAAGUGGUUUAUUCCAACGUAUAAUCACACGAACUACUCGUUGGAGUCAAGAUGUCGGGGGACAAAACCCUCAUUUCUUGUAUCGACAGGUCGCUCGAUUCUUUCUCGAUAUGGAGCACGAUUUUGUCAUAGAGAUGGCUGCUAGGAAAUACAACAGGGUCAAGGUUGUUGUGAUGCGAGUAUCCGAGUCUGAUACAGACACAGACAACAAGGAGAUAGAGGGGAGUUCCCCACCCAGACCUGCCGCCUGUGCCAAAGUGCGCAAUUUUCUUGAGUCCUGUCUGUCAGAACUGCGUGAGUUAUGGAUGAAGCGACUGUCGUACAGUGUUGUGAUGGCAUGUUUUUGCGAGCGGGUAUGUGAGCAACAUAAGCAGGAGGGAUGUCGACAAGAGACUUGCCUGCACUUUUUGAAUCUUGAUGAAUGUCUGGCAAAUAAGAUUGUUAUGUGUGGUCAUAGAAGAAUAAAAACUGCAUCAAUCAGAAAGAGUUUUCCAGAACCAUUUUGUGUUGGUUUCAAUGGUCCAGUUUUCCCGUCUGUCUCCCUGGUUGACACGUGUGGUAAUAUAGAGAAGAACUGCCCGUCCCUGCCAACGUGGGUAAAAUCUGCAGCGAAGAUGCUCAACACUGGAGAAACAGGAAAGGACUGGAAUGCCUUGGCUCGGGAGCUGGGGUACCAACAGAACCAGAUUAACACGUUCAAUGAUGACCUGAACCCUGGGCUUGCCUUGCUGGCUGACUGGAUCAUCAGUAGUGGCAAUACCGGACUGUCAGUGGACAUGCUUUCCAUAUAUCUGGAGAAAUUGGACCGGGAAGAUGUGAUCGAGAUCAUACAGAAAGCUCAAGAACAAAACCAGGAGCCAGCCCAGGUGUUCAUAAGUUACCAAUGGGACAGCCAGGAUGAGGUCAAGGCAUUACGAGACCGGCUGGAGCGCUCAGGGCUCACGUGCUGGAUGGAUAUAGGCCAGCUAGGGGGAGGAGAUCAUCUAUAUACCAAGAUUGAUGAAGCUCUUAGGAGCUGUAAAGCUGUGAUAAGUUGUGUGAGCCCAAAGUACAUCGUGUCUCAUCACUGUAGCAGGGAACUGAGUCUUGCCGAUCUUCUCCGUAAACCAAUUAUUCCCAUCAUGAUGGAGCAGACAAUAUGGCCGCCACCAGGAGGCAUGGCACUCAUCUUCAGUCAGCUGGUCUACAUAAAUAUGAAGGGAGUUGGUGGUCAUGGUGGUACUGGUAUCCAUGCAGACAAGAAGGACAAAUAUCGAGAGAUAAUCCAACGUAUAUCGCAGCACGCUACGCCAGAUCUUACCCACUCGAGCGAAACAGAAUCUGAUAUACAGAGCAAGAAAAGUCAGUUCAUAGAUGGUGAAUAUGUGUCAGACUAUAGUGAGCACGCUGAUAGGUACAGUUUAGGAAGUUCGGGGAAUUCAAUGGUACAUAUCGACUAUCAGCUUGUGCCUUUACGAGCAUACCCUACACAGCCAACGGCAGAACAGCAAACCGCGCAAGAGACACAAAGAGAACCAGCAAUGCGUCCAGUUGAACAAGUCCAUGUUACACAAUGCCGGGUUUGCACCAUUUUGUGAUCUGAGCUUAAAGUAUAGUUAUUUAUAUGUGGCUGUUAUGUGCCUAAUGUUGAUUUUUUAAUGGCUUUACAGAUUUAUGAAAGUUUGAGCUCCGCUGAAACACUGAAAACAUCUCGAGACCCAACUCGAUUCUUUAUAGAACAGACAAAUUCACAUCGUAUUGUAUUUCCGUGAGGAUUUAUCUGAUAGUUGUUUGGCUAGCAAGUUAAUUAUCCGAUUUUAAUAUUUGAUUUAUUUUCCAAAUUUCAUCGGCAUUUUCUUGACAUUUCAAAACAGGUAUAUUCAAGAGGAAACAGAAAUACCCUGGGGCAUUAGUCAUACUAGUUAGUUCUACUAAAAUUACCAUAAAACAUAGUAUUACUGACUAUUGUUUGCCUUUAAAAGAUGUAUCACAUAAAAUUAAUGGAAAGUGUUUUUGCAUUCAUUUUGCAUUCCCUUAUUUGUAAUUUUUUAAAAUCGUUCUAGCUUGAUAGCUUGAAUAAAUUGCAAGUAUGUGGUUUUGUUUAUGGGACAGAGGUCUAUGACCUACAUGUAAGGAUAUUUUGAAAAAUUGAAAGAGGAUGUCGGAAGACAUUUUUUUAUUAUCUAUUUAACUUGAAUUGAUCACAAUCAAAAAAACUUUUUUAAGAUUUAAGAAAAAUAAUCAAAGAAAACUUACUGAAAAUAAUAGAUGGUUGGGAUGUCUGAACCAAAUUAUUGUAGAUCACUUUAAUUUUGUGAGGUACUUUUUUCGUGAUUUUUAGUUUUCUUCAAAUUUUACAAGGUUUACAUUUCUUGUCAUUGUGACAGUCUUGUUAAAUUAAAUGAAAUUGAUGUUAAACUGAAUAUUUGCUAGUUUUUUUUUAAAUCAUUUGGCUAAUAACAUGUGAAUAUUAUACGCAAAUUUGAACAAUAUAUAUACAGUUCAAUCAUAGUGUUAAAGCUACUUACCUUAAAGAUUAUUUGUAAUAUAAAUUGCACAGCUUUCUAUACAGUUUAACAUUUUGUAGAGGAAAAAUAUUGUUGCAAUUUUGUGCAUUUUAUUUUAUCAACUUGUGUGUAGAAAAUAUGUGGAUUUUUAUGAAUCUCAAAAAAAGUACAGUUUCGGAAAUUAAUUUGAAGAUGUUUUGUAUGAGAUGUUUCCAGAUAUUGAUCACUGUAUAAUUGCUAGAUCUGAUCAGUCUUGUAUACGUUAUGUACUUUUGUUAAUGCCUCUUUGCAUUCAAAUUAAAAAAAAAUAUCUUUCCAGUUUCCAUGGUGAUGUUUAUUAAACAAAUUCAGUAAACAUAAGAUAUCUCGAUUGUUUAUUCAAAUAGGGCCUUAUGUUUGUAUCAGUCUUUCAUGCUUAUUUAGAAUUUUUUCUUACAGGGCAUUGCAGAAUUAGUUUAGAUUAAAAUAUUUCUGUAUAUAAAUUGAUCUUGUCUUUUUUGAGAGUUUAAAGUAUACUUUUCUAGUGAUGUUCAUGUAUUUUAUUCAUAUUCAUGUAGAUCUGAACUUGCAAGAUUGGAUGACAAUGUACUUUAUAUUGCCAGCCUAAGGUAUCCCACCGAUUAUUAUUCGCUUUAUUGUACAUGUAGUCAUUAUGAUGUUUCAUACUGCUCUAUUUCGAUGCCUAUUGACUUCAUUCAAUUUUUAUAUCAUUUGGAAAAUUAUUGAGAUCAGAAUCCAAAGACAUGUUUUGCAAUUUUAAAUGCCAUAAAGCUUUGCUAGUAAUAGUUCUGAUGGAAUUAUUUGUAUGCUCUAAGGAAAAAAUUAUCUACCAAUAGAACCUAUUUAAGUGAUACCAAGAUAAUGUAGGCACUACAGGCAUUCAAAAAUAGCAUAUCGUUGUGUCAGAUACCUUAAAACGAAUCCAUCUUUAUCCUGUUUUUGUUUUUUUACUUCCAAUCAGUAUUGUUACUCUGUAUUGUUUUGUUGUUAGAUUUCUAUGUUAAUUGGCAAUUUUUUAUUUCACUGUUGAACCAAAAACAUAAAAUAAACCAUUUUAGAUA